UUCGUUUUCAACAUCCGCAGAUUUUUUUAGAUUUUGCAACCUCAAAGGAUGAGCUGUUUUUAUUUCUCUGUUUUUCCGGUGUUUGAGGGGGGACAGGUUUUUCCCCACAGUCUUUGUGUCUGACAUGAAUCACAAACUGAUUUUUUUUUGUUUGUCUGAGUUCUUCCUCAUGCACUGAUCCACAUGAGUCAGGAAAGCUUUGUGUGUUUGUUCCUCUGCUGAUUGUUGCACCAAAACUCAAAUGAUUUUAUUAUGUUUGAAAUCAAAGACUGAUGCAGUUAGAGCGCAGACUCUUUCCUCUCAACCCAUGAGCCAAGCAGCACCUGCACCUUUGGAGACGGAGAUUCGGAAUCGGCUCUAAUGACCAAUAAAGCACCAGUUUGUUUAGGUCCAAAUAAAGAAACAUGAAGAGAACCAACAUAUUUUUUAUUUCUGUAUAUUCUUUUUUUUUUCUGGAUAAUUUCCUUUGUUCUUAUUUAUAGAAGCACCUGGCUUGUUUGCAGUCAGACGGCUCAUUUAUCUGCUGAUCAUUUACUAUUGUGCAUCGCAUUUAGGAAGAAAAAAACGGUUCUGUGAAAGCAAAACUGUACAAAUUCUCGUCUUCAAACUGAGGAUUUUUUGGGGGGGGGGUUCAGUGCUCCAAAAAUGCCCACAUUUCAGAGCUUCACUUUUUCUUGUGUGGCAUUGUAUGUUUUCAUAGAAAAUUCCAAUAAAUGACCUUGCUUUGGCAGGGCCUUCAAUAAAAGGUGGCCUGAAUCUGCUUGUGUGACAGUAACAAUGGCUCUUAAAGAAAGGAAUGAACAAAGGCACGUGGGAGGAAUUCCAUAGAAGUCCUGUUGACCUGGAGCGUUGCCUGAAGCGUUCUCUGGAAGUGCUGGAACUUGUACCACUUCCUCAUUGGGGCGUUCUUAAAUAUCGCAGCAGCACCUGAGCGCUCACACUUUACAGCUUUCACUACAGCAGCAACUUCACUUUGAAGGAGCGACCUUGCUUUUGUUGUGAAAGGGUCUUCCUGUCGUCAUGUUUCUGACUGAUGAGUUGGAGUGCAUCGUGUGUUGCUGCGAAUACUCCCGCAGCGACCGCGUCCCGCGGAUCCUCCACUGCAACCACACGUUCUGCGCUCCCUGCCUGGAAAAAAUGUCCACGCUGGAAGGGCCGCUCUACACCGUCUCCUGCCCCAUAUGCCGCUGGAUCACCUGCAUCAAAGCCAGCCUGACGCUGCCCGGCUCCCUGUGGGUCAACACCGAGAUCUGGGACCAGCUGUCCCACAAGCCCAAGGAGAGGAACGACGAUUUCAUCAACCAUUUGAAAGACACAAAGAUGAAGUGCAGCUCGUCCACAAACUUGCAUUCAAGGCAGACUGGUUUCAAGAGAGCGCUUAAAAACCUGCGCAAAGUCUUCAAAGUACAUCGUGUGCGACGAGCACACAUACACAACUGCUGAGCUGCAACCACCUGAAGGACUCUCAUCAAGGACUUUCUUUACCUGAUGGAUAAUCACGCCGCGUUUGUGCCGGCGUAGGCGGGCGUGCCGAACAGCUGCUGCCGGAGGAGGAGAUCUGUUUUCUGCAGAUCCUCAGACGAGGAGGACGACGUGUUUGUACAUGCGAACGGUACAUAUGCUGAGUUUGAAACGGUUUCCUUUAGUGUUUUUCACUGCUUGUAAUCUAGUAAUUUAUUGUAAAUAUUGUCUGAUUAUUUAUAUGGAAAUUGCACGCUGCAGGUUCCCUUUGUGUAAUACCAGGUUUCUUUAAAAAAAAAAACAAGAAUCUACUUUGUGUUCUGCUGACUGUGAUGCUUGUUUUUAUGUACAUUUCUAAAUUAAAUAGCAAACAUCUGUGAAUGAAGAAGUAUUUUUGACAUACUAAAACUGAUUAAAAAUGUCUCAUACUGAUGCA